CAAAUUUGUUUUGUUUAUAUGUCACGUCAGUAGAAGUUUCACUAAAUAUUAGUUAUUAAAAAUGUGCGAUAUUAACGAUAAUCCUAUAAAACUAAGUGUUAAGUGGAAUGGCAAGGAGUACGAAAUACCAGAAUUUUCACCGUCUGAUUCCGUAGCAAUGUUGAAAGUUGCCAUCGAAAAUGCCACGGGCGUCCGGCCAGAGAGACAAAAACUGCUAAAUGUAAAAUUUCAGGGUAAAGUGGCAACAGACAACUGCACGUUAUCAGACCUGCAGUUGAAGCCUAACCUGAAGAUCAUGAUGAUGGGGUCUCUAGAGGAAGCCAUAGCUGGAGCCCAGACCAGGCCCGAUGUUGGAGACGAGGUUGUGAAUGAUCUGGAUGUUGAGGAGGAAGAGGUGGAUGUAGAGAACCAGGAGGUUUAUUUGUCGAAGAUAAACAAGAGAGUGAGGGAUUAUAAGAUUAAUGUGCUCAACGAGCCUCGGGAAGGGAAGAAAUUACUUGUCCUAGAUAUAGACUACACGCUGUUCGAUCAUCGAUCUGUCGCUGAAACAGGUUACGAGUUAAUGCGUCCCUAUCUCCACGAGUUCCUGACUUCAGCAUACGAGGACUACGAUAUAGUGAUCUGGUCUGCCACGGGGAUGAAGUGGAUAGAGGAGAAGAUGCGACUCCUUGGAGUCUCCACGCACCAAGACUACAAGAUCAUGUUCUACCUCGACUAUUUGGCAAUGAUCACUGUUCAUACUGCCAAAUAUGGUACUAUAGAUGUAAAACCUCUAGGCGUAAUAUGGGGCAAAUAUCCCCAAUAUAGUUCUAAAAACACGAUAAUGUUCGACGAUAUUAGAAGAAACUUCAUAAUGAAUCCGAAAAGUGGACUCAAAAUCCGGCCAUUCAGGCAGGCACAUCUUAAUAGGGACAGGGAUCGAGAGCUCUUACACCUUUCAACUUACCUUAAGGAUAUAGCUCAGUACUGUGAAGAUUUUGACCAAUUAAAUCAUAAAAAGUGGGAGAAAUAUAAGCCUGACAAGAACAGGUCACAACAGGCUGGCAGUAAGAGGAAAGCUGAGGACAGUGCCCCAACAACUCCCAAAGAAUGACGGUAAUUGUACCACAGGCCGACGACCUCGGUCUGCGAGUCGCCUUAAUCGCUUAUAUAAGACUGCAAACACGUUAGAACUGCAAACAGUUUUAAAAAAACCUCGAUUAUUAAGUCAAGAAAACAUUGAAAAUGUUUAAAAUGUAUUUAGGGCUGAUUUUUCAAUGAUUAAAUAAAAGUUAUCUAGGGAACAAUUAUGAUGCUGUCGCGUCAGAAUGUUUGUAUAAGACAGUGCAACAACAAUUUUAUUCCUCAGAUAAUAUUUAUUUGACUAUUGAAAAAUAAGCCCUAACACUUUUUUUAUUUAAAAUUAAGGCGAUUUGCGUUAGUUUUUAGUCGUUUUAGUUAAUUGAUUUGAUCAUUUUGUAUUGUAAAGGAUUUCUCACAAACUUCAGUGUUGCUAUUUAAGAAAAUUUUGUUGCUAUUUAAAAAAUAUUGAUAUUAUUUCUAAUAGAACAAAUUUAAGUGGUGUAGCUGAGAAUUUAAGUGCGGUUAGUUCU